GGGUGUGACCAACGGCUGCUGUAGCUGCUGCGGCUACAGCCAGAAGAGACACACGCAGAAACAGUACGGCAGUUUGCGGACACACUCCUCACAACAGUUGUAUUUUUAUCCAACAAACGGAUAUUUUGCCACAACACGCACCCGGACCGGUUGUGAACAUAUUUGCUGCCCUGUCUGGAAGAUCUUCCUCACUGAACCUGGAUCAGCAUCCCUCCUCUUCUACUUCAUUCCAUCAAUAGCCUAGAACACAAGGACAAACUGCUUUCUGGAGCAGCCGUGGAUCUACGCAGAAAGAGGGGCACCUCACAUGGGAGUGUGUGACUGUGUGUGUGAAGGUGUGUGUUCAGGCCUCCAGCCGUCGCCCGCUGUUCCCGGACAGGCAUGGCGGGGGUCAGAGAGCGCGUCUCUCGAUCACAGAGGCCGUGGUCGGUGUACCGGGCCAACACAUUCGAGCUGUCCAACGAGAUGAUCGGCUUGGCUCUCGCAGGAAACAGUCAGGACCCAGAUGAGCCUGUGCUUGAGUUCAGCGUGGCCUGCACAGACCUGCAGACUCCUGCUUUGGAUCGGAAACCCAACAGCUUUGUAGCCGUGAGCUGCACGACACCCCCGCAGGCCUUCUGGACCAAACACGCCCAGACCGAAGUCAUAGAGGGCACCAGUAACCCCAUCUUCCUCAGCAGCAUCGCCUUCUUCCAGGAGUCCAACAUCAACCAGCAGACGCAGGUCAAGCUGGCCGUCUACGACGUCAAGGACCGCUCACAGGGAACGAUGUAUAUGUUGGGCUCAGCACUUUUUCCUGUUAAGGAGUUGUUGCAAGAGAGGAGCCACAGAUUACGACUCGAACUGAGAUCAGCGGAGAACGAGCGGGUGGGGAACAUCAGCAUAGCUGCGUGGCAGAUGGAGGAGCGAGCCGAUCAGAGGAUGUCGGUCAGCCGCCUGCCAGACAGCAUCAAUGGGCGGACGAUGCUGCCUGUGGACCAGAGCCUCACCGAGUCGAUGGGAGUCCGAAUCAAGUACGCCUCGCUAUGCAAAGACACCCUCCUGCGCUCAGUGUUUGGAGGCACCAUGUCUAGAAUGUACCGCUUCCCCACCACUGAUGGGAACCACCUACGGGUGCUGGAGCAAAUGGCUGAGAGCGUCCUCUCAUUAAACAUCCCCAGACAGUUUGUCAAACUGCUGCUGGAGGAGGACACAGUCAGGGUGUGUGAGCUGGAGGAGCUGGGAGAGUUGUCCCCUUGCUGGGAGAAUCUGCGGCGACAGAUUGUCUCUCAGUACCAGACCAUAAUACUUGCAUACCAGGAAACACUGUCUGACCUCAAUGACUACAGAGGUCCAUCGUUUAAAGCCAGUAACCUGAAGGCAGAGAGGAAGCUCGAGUUCAUGCCAACCAACCUACACGUUCAGAGGAUGAGGGUGCACGAUGAGCUGGGCUUCGAGCACACGUAUGAUGUGAUAACAAUCGGAGCUCCGGCCGCCCACUGCCAAGGUUUUAAAAACAGCGGUUUGAGGAAACUCAUCCAGAAAUUUGAGGAGGCAAAGAAACACAUAUAUGAGGAGGAAUGCGCCCUCUCCAGCUCGCAGUCCAUCGUCUACAUACCCCAGGACAUCGUCCGCGCCAAAGAGAUCAUCGCCCACAUCAACACGCUGAAGACUCAGGUCAGCUACUACGCAGAGAGGCUUUCCCGAGCUGCCAAGGAUCGAUCUGCCAGUGGACUGGAGAGGACACUUGCUAUUCUGGCUGAUAAGACUCGUCAGUUGGUGACGGUAUGCGACUGUAAGCUGCUGGCUACAGCUAUUCAGGCCCUAAACGCAGCACGGCCUGAGUACAUCGCCUCCAAAGCGUCGCCCUCCGCUGAGUCGGAACAAGUAGUCCUGCGUAACGACCAGGACACACUGCUUGCCAAGUGGAGUGGUAGCAACAGCCGAUCCUCGCUGCACGUAGACUGGCAUGAAGAGGAGUGGGAGAAGGUUUGGGUGAAUGUGGAUAAAUCUCUGGAGUGCAUCAUCCAGCGUGUUGACAAGCUGCUUCAGAAGGAGAGGAGGCCCAGCGUCAGCAGUCAGGACAGUACACAGACUGACCUGCAGGGCGGCGCCAGUAAGAAAGACGAGGAAAAGGAAGGAAAAAGACGAGCUUUCUGGAUCAACCCAGGAAGUAUACCAUCAUUACCUUCUUCAUCAUCAUCAUCAUCACCUCCACGAUCAUCAUCACCACCACCAUCCUCUUCCUCUCUGCCUGCCCUCUACACUGCACAAGAAUUCUAUGGAAGCCCUAGUGCUGAGGAGACGUACCCAGGCGAGUGGAGCGAAGCGUUGUACCCUCUCCUCACUACGCUCACCGAGUGCGUUGCCAUGAUGAGUGACAAGGCCAAGAAGUCCAUGGUCUUCCUGCUGAUGCAGGACAGCGCCCCGACCAUAGCCAUGGACCUGUCGCUGCAGUACCGCCGCGACGUGGUCUUCUGCCAGACGCUCACUGCUCUCAUCUGCGGCUUUAUUAUCAAACUGAGGAACUGUCUCCGUGACAACGGAUUCCUCCGACAGCUCUACACUAUCGGCCUGCUGGCUCAGUUUGAGUCUCUUCUCAGCACCUACGGAGAGGAGUUGGCCAUGUUGGAGGACAUGAGUGUCGGCAUCAUGGAUCUUCGCAAUGUCACGUUUAAGGUGACCCAGGCCACCGGCAGCUCGGCCCCCGACAUGUUGCCGAUCAUCACCGGGAACCGGGACGGCUUCAACGUCCGCAUCCCGCUGCCGGGAACCAUGUUUGACGCGUUGCCUCGGGAGAUCCAGAGCGGCAUGCUGCUGAGGGUCCAGCCAGUGCACUUCAACGUCGGCAUCAACGAGCAGCAGACGCUGGCUGAGAAGUUUGGAGACACAUCCCUGCAGGAGACCAUUAAUUUGGAGAGUCUCUCGAGGCUGAAUUCAUACUACGAACAGUUCAAAGAAGUCCUGCCUGAAGACUGCCUCCCGAGGUCUCGUUCUCAGACUUGUCUCCCUGAGCUGCUGAGGUUUCUGGGGCAGAACGUCCACGCAAGGAAAAACAAGAACGUGGACAUCCUCUGGCAGGCAGCCGAGAUCUGCCGCCGGCUGAACGGGGUUCGUUUCACCAGCUGCAAAAGCGCCAAAGACCGGACGGCCAUGUCGGUGACCCUGGAGCAGUGCCUGAUCCUGCAGCACGAGCACGGCAUGGCGCCGCAGGUCUUCACACAGGCCCUCGACUGUAUGCGCAGAAUUGGGACAAGGGAGGGGGUGAUCCAGAAGAACCUUAGCGGCUUGCUGCCGGUGCGUGACUUCCGGCUGGACCCCAGUCUCCUGUACACGCUGCCCCUGCUGGCUCUCAGCCCCAACCUCUUGGUGGUGUGGAUCUUCCUCAGCGUGGCCUAUUUCCUGGCCAAACUCCGCUGCAGCUGAACAGCCGCCAGCUGCUCUCUGUUGGGAGUGACCCACGUUUAUGAGGAGGGGUGGGAAUACUCCACACUGAAUCCCCAGGGUGUUUCUGAAACUGUGCCACAGUCCUGUGAGUGUGUAUGUAAUUCAUGCACACAGAUUCGGUACAGCAUUUACACACUGUCCCACCCUGACUAAGGGCUUGACACAACUGAUGCCCCAUCUAUUAACGACCAAAUGUCCCUAUGAAACAGCUGCAUUGCAUCUGUCGAACCCAAAACACAAUCGUUAUCUGUAGUCCAAUAAUUGAGCAGGUCUGGAUGGUUUUAACAGAGUACAAGUGGUUUAUAUUUAGGGUUUAGAAAACUGGUCUCAAACUGUGCAUUCACAUCUAAAACUCACUGAUACAGUUGUGGUGGAUAGCGCCCUCUAAUGGACAGAGCUGUGAUCUGUGUCACAGUCAGUGGGUGCUCUGCCUUAUUUCUCAUUCAAUCUUUCACUGACAGCAAAGAAGACAGAAAACACAAAAGGGACAGUUUGUAAAGUUGUGAAACAUACGGUGUAUAGGCCAGAAAUUAAAUCAGCGUUGUGAAUAUGUAUAAACAUAUGCAGAUUCUAUAUUAAUCUGGCUUUCAAGAAAGAGUUAUUGUUGAUGGUAGCUAUUAUAAUGGAAAUUGAUUUCUCUUCUUUCAUUUGUGCAAUAUGUCUAGCUUGUUUGAUUUAUCAUUGUCUUCCAUGGGCUUUUGCACCUUACAAGCUAAAGUGGUGGAAACAAAAGCUUUUAUUUGGUGCCAAAAUUAAGUAAGCUUACAAUGCUUAUGUAUAUUUUUUCUUACAGCAUUUGUUUUAUUUUGUUUUUUAAGUCUUCCUGCUUUUUAGACAGUAGAAAGAGGUAUUUUGCUUCUACUUCAGCCUGUGCACUUUUCAGCUGAUCUGGGUCAGUAAUGACUAUGUUUACAUGCAGCUAAAUAUAUCUAUUUUGACUAAUAUUAACCAAACUUUAGCCUUUUAAAAAGAAUCAAUCUUUUAAAAGUAAUUGUCUGUUCACCCAUAUCUCAGAAUCGUAGAUAAAUAGAUGAGAAAAGCGUGUGAAACCUUUGUAUGUAUAGGUUUGUUUGGUCCAAGAUAAAUGAACUGAACUCAUGUACACACUUCAGCCAGACUAAGAUGAUGAUAUGGCCCAAUUCAAUGAAAACUUUAGUGCAUCAACAGUACUGCUACAUAAAAAAACAUGAACUUCUCUGCACCCCCCUACUCAUUUGGCUCAAAGUGUUUUGUAUACCUUGCAUACCUUGAAUUAGGCCUAGUGACAACAUGCAUGACCCAUUUCCCAAACAUAAGGAGCCAUGUGAUUAAAGGCCACUAUGUGCAUUUUCCUGUGUAGCAAGUUUGUAGCAGGAACUUUUGCACUGUUGACACUAGCUGCAGAUCUUGUAUGCGCUGUAGUGAGUGCUAGUGUGUCGGGAGCCUUUUAUUUGUGUGAUCUUGCAUGCAGAAUAAUAUUGCAUAAGGAAAUUAAUAUUUGACCUCCAUGGGAACUCAGAAAGGGAAAAAUGAAAAAAAUAAUCUGCAGCAGUGGAUCCCACAAAAGAAGCUUCCCAUAAUCAAUGACAAUUGUAAUAGAACAAACAACACAUGCUGACAGGGUAUAUUAACAAGUCAAGAAGUAGACCUGAUGGAAAA